GGUCAAGUCUGAUUUUGAUUAUUAUAACAAAAAUCGCGAAAGUUUAACAAAAAAUCGUCCCAGAUGCUCAAGAUAUUCGUGGUCGCCGCUGCUUUUUGUGGUGUUUUGACAAGCAUCCGACAGGUAAAUGCUGGUACUAAGGAAACGGAUGGUGCUAUCUGUUCUGGCGUACAUCCACUAUCUAGAGUUGAUUGUGGUUAUCAUGGAAUUGGAGCGAAGGAAUGUGAAAGUAAAGGCUGUUGUUGGGAUGACAGUAUCCGAAAUGUAAUGAUGUGCUUUUACCCUGCAGAUCCUGCCUGCCCUAGCGUGCAUCCGCUAACUAGAGUUGAUUGUGGCUAUCCUGGAAUUAAAGCACAGGAAUGUGCCAGUAAAGGUUGCUGCUGGGAUGACAGUAUCAAAGAUGUACUAUCGUGUUUCUACCCUACAGGUCCCGGCUGCUCUACCGUGCAUCCGCUUUCUAGAGAAAUUUGUGGUCAUUCUGGAAUUAGAGCAGACGAAUGUGCGAAGAAAGGCUGUUGUUGGGAUGACAGAAUCAAUGGUGUGAACUUGUGCUUCCAUCCUCCAGGGAAAUAGAGGAAAAGAUCCUGGUACGACUCACUAAAGGAUUAUUUUUUUAGUUAACCAAAGAAGUACUUUCUUGAUACUAAAACGUGUAUUUCAUUUCAUGUGAUGUCAGUUAUGUAAAACUUUAUUCUGUCCUAAUUAGU